ACGUUAGCGGAAGUCUUUUGCGCGUGCGCGAGCGAGGUCACAUUGGUUCAGUUUGGUAAUGUUUUGAGAAACACCACUACAAUGGAGGCAGCAAACGCAGAGGAGGUCCACCUGAGGCAUGUGGAGAAAGAUGUCCUGAUCCCCAAAUUGAUGAGAGAGAAAGCCAAGGAGCUCUGUGCUGAGAAAGUUGAAGCCUUCUCCCACUGCUGUAAAGACGCUGGUUUCCUCAUGGCAUUCAAGUGUCGAGAGGAGAACGCAGCGCUGAAGGAAUGUCUCACGAUACACUACAAAGACCCUGGCUUCUAUGAGCAGUGUAAGCAGGAAUACAUCCAAGAGAAACUGGAGUUUGAGAGGACAGGGGUCGCAUCAAAGAACAGGAAACAAAAACUCCCAACUAGCAUGUAAUGAGCAACAUGGCACCCAAACAACUUCUCUCCUUUGAGCGCAAAGGUGCGGGAUGUGAGGCUCUGGCCAGAACCAGCGCUUAGUUCUGCAUACCCAGGACACAUGGUCAUCUGUCAUGGUUUAUUACUCUUAAAGGCACCAGACUGUGCACUUCAUUUAAAUCUGUGGAGUGACUGAAACUGGUUUGGUGUGCGAGAGUGGUAUAUAAUCAGAACAAUGGCUUUUUUUGGUUCUGUGUAUUUGCAACAUGUUCUACAUCAGAUUGCCAGAAGAUCGGCAGCAUUUCCAUUACAUUUACUAACCAGGUUAUUGACAGAAUAUACAGAUCUGAUCAUGAGUGCUGAGUGUAGAGCUUUAGCUUUGAAUGUGUGCAGUCAUAAUUCAGGGAUGAUUAAUAUAUUAUUUGCCAAGCAAAGAUGUAGCAUAUAUAACUACAUCUUUGCCUGGCCUCACGGCUUGGUAUUUCAUCUGCAGAAGAAAGUGGAAGGCUUCUUUUGUUAUCAAAAAUAAUUUCAUAAACACUUGGAAAUUUAAGAUGCUUGUACAGUGUAUGUAAGUGAGCAAUGCACCAUGUGUGGUCUUGUGAUAUAUGCAAUGAAUUGUGGCAUUGUAAAUAAAAAUAUUCAAUAGCAAUAAA